GCUCCACCCAGUGGAGGGCUGUGGUGACGACAGGAAAGUUCCCGAAGACUCUGGACCUCCUCCAGUUAGAAUAUAAGAGCUGGGACAGUCCCACUGCUGAGACAGAAAGCAACAGCAGCAACACAGAAGAGAACUGACGCCUCAACAGCGUUUCAUCUCACAACCAGAGGACCCAACACUAAACACACACUGAAGAUGCUGUGCUCUCAUGGAUUCCAGUCCGGCCUCAGGCCAUUCACGGACUGCUACUGGCCCGUACGCAGUCUGUGGCCAGAGGUCAAACCUCUGCUCCACCGGCAGCAUCUACUGCAGAGGCACCUACAGGAGCUGCGCAGCGGUCUGGAGCUGAUGGACAAACUUCAACACGAGAUCCUGGAGGAGACGGAGCCUUUCCAAACCGGUGUGGCCGCGCAGCCAGUCUCCUGCCAGCUGGAGAAAGAGGGAGAGCACUUUGGACUGACCCUGGACGCUCAAGGAUUUUCCCCAGAGGAGCUGUCUGUCAGGCAGGUGGGCAGGAAGCUGAGAGUCAGCGGGAAGACAGAGAAGAAGCAGGAGGACGGGAAAGGCUCCUACUCUUACAGACUCCAGGAGUUCAGACGGGAGUUGGAUCUGCCCCAAGGGCUGAACCCUGAAGCCGUCACCUGCUGCCUGGCUCCGGACGGGAAGCUCCACAUCCAGGCAGCCAGAGCUCCGUGUGCGGAGGAGGCUGAGAGAGAGCUGACUAUCAGGAGGAGCUUGGAGGAGAAAACACAGCAGAGUGUGUGUUCACACACAGAGACAGACAACAACACACAGGACAAACCUGGACACAUGGACUGAACUAUGUGUUGUUGUUUCAGUGAGAAGUCAAUUAUAUGGAUGAAUGAUGAUCAUAUAUUCUUUUGUAUGUGUGUUUG